AUGAUCACUCAACAGCAGCCGAGCAGUAAGUCGCAUUCGUUUUUUUUUUCCAAAAAAAAAUUCAAUCUGAUUCUAGAGCUCUCCCUUUAUUCUAAAAAUGUGUCGGUCUACGAAAAGUGAGGAGUGGAAAAAUAAUAUAAAUAUUAAUUGGGAAGGCCCGACGCCUAAGCCCGCAGGCCAUAAAUUCGAGUGCUCAUAAGGAGGAUGAAGAUUCUAAUUUCAAGUGGUCUCGCCAAAGAUUUUGACAAUAUAUUUAUUGGAAUUUCGAUUAAAUGUGUAUUGAGGGAAAUAGUUAUGGGAAGGGAUUGGAUUACGGUAGGCGCACAGCUUUAUGGGCAGUUUCAAUAGAAGUUCUUGGAAAUUUUCUCAAUUUUUGCAAAAGUCAAAAUUAGUUGAAGAUAUCGCUUUGACUAUUGUCAAUUUCUCAACAACAACAAAAAAUCUAGUCACCUCGAGGUGAUAAUUCUAAAUAUUAUGGAUUCACAUAAUUGAGCUCACCUGCAGGCAACUUUCUCUCUCUCUCUCUCUCUCUCUCUCUUGCUCUCUCUUUCCCACCUAGCCUCUAAUUCACACCCAAUCAAAUAUUGUGGAACCACAAUAUUUGGGAGUCAUUUAUAUCUCCUAAUGACUUCCUAUUCCCGCUUUUUACGCGUGCAACUCUUAAUUGGAGAACGAUAAUAUUGAGGGGGGACCUAGAUUUUUCUAAAAUUCCUAAAUAUCAUUCACUUCUUCUCCUUCUCCUUCUUCUCCUUCUUCUUCUUCAUCUCCGGUAAAUACGUAGCUCGUGGUCGGCUUUUCGCCACCUAAUUAGGCUCCUUUUCGUUGGUGGAGGGGAUCAAAGGCAGGAAGUGGCCGAAUAAUUGGAGUCCCUUCCUCUUCUACCCCCCUUUCCAAUCAACUUCCACUUUUCACAUAGUUCACAGGGAUCCGAAGGGUUCAGGGGGCAAAAAUUAAAGCUUACACGUGUUUAACCAGACUUUUUGAGCCAGACAUCUAACGAAUCGGUUGAAAAUUACACAAAAAUCGUUAAAACUAAACUGGCAUACUUUCAACGCUUUGUAUCUCAGCGGCGAGUGGAGAUUUUGAAUAGUAGUUAACUAACGAAAUAUUCCUUGAGAAAUUGUCUACAUUUGGCCAGUUGACAACUUUUUUAUAUCUCUACCCGCCGCUGAGAUAUGUCGAUUUGAACACAAACGGUUAUUUUUCAGGUCGAAUCCUUCUGGACGUGCCGUGCAGAGUGUGUCAGGAUCACUCUUCCGGCAAACAUUACGGAAUAUUCUCGUGCGACGGAUGUGCCGGCUUUUUUAAGGUAAACCGGACAAGAAUUUUUAUCUUUUUUAGAAAAUUUUUUCAUAAAAUGUGAUCAACUGACGAAAUGUAGAGCAAAGUGAACUGUGCUCAUAGAAAAAUAAUUGUAAAUUUAACUUUUCAUACAAAAAAGUUAUUCGAGUUGUUCCGUGAAAAAUGGGGGCUAACGGGGAAGACGGAAGGACAUUUUCGGCGAAAAGUAUGAAAAGCUAAAUUUACAAUUAUUUUUCUAUGAGUAGAGUUCACUUUGCUCAAACUCAACACAGUUGAGUCUUUGCUCGAAGACAUCGUUAUCAAAAGUAGAAUUUUCUAGAAAAGCGUUCUGAUCUUUGUUAUAAAUAAAACCCAAGAGACGUCUGUCUGUCUGUGAGCGCUCGCUUUUUUUCAAUUCGUUCAAUUUGCAGCGCUCAAUCCGCCGUCACCGUCAGUACGUGUGCAAGAACAAGGGCGGCUACGAGGAGGGACGGUGCGUCGUCGACAAGACGCACAGAAAUCAGUGCAGGCAAGUCUAUGGUCUAUGGGGAUUAGGUUUCAGGGCGAUCACAAAUUACCGCACACCUCCUCCUCCCUCCACUUUUCGCUUUUUGAUUGAUGACUAUUGUAGUGUUCAACCAAAAAAAACCGACUAAUCCAUUUGUAUUUUUAAGAGCGUGCCGCCUGCGAAAGUGCCUCGAAAUCGGCAUGAAUAAGGACGCGGUGCAACACGAAAGAGGCCCGCGCAACUCGAGUUUACGGCGCCAGCAGAUGAUGUUCGAGCACGGCGGAACGUCGCCCAACUCGGUACGUCUAUGCAAUAACAAAAACGGGGUUUGAAGGUCGAAUAAGUUUGAAGUAAACACUGUAAUAGAAGGGCACACCAAUACGGGUCAUUCAAAACAUCAUAUCUCAGUUUUUGGUGGAGAUAUCAAAAAGUUGUCAACUAAUGAAAUGUUCGCUAGAAAAUUGUCUACAUUUUAUCAGUUGACAACUUUUUGAUAUCUCCACCCACAACUGAGAUACAUUGUCUUGAAUAAAGGGUCCGAUGACAGAACUGGACCAUUCACACAAAAAUCCAAUUCGACAGACAGAAAUCAAAAAUCAGUGUCAAAAACGGUUGGCGCGAGUGUCAAAAAUCGAAAAUCCCGAUUAACUACAGUAAUCCGUGUCAAUCUGCGGCCAGUUUUCUGACGGCGGCGGCGGCGGCGGAAAAGCAAAAAAAAGGUGAAAAGUUGUGUGGCCACCUACAGUAAUCGGUUAGUCAUGCGCCCCCCGACGGCGGAUAUUGUCUGGGAAGAAAAUGGACGGAUUUGUACUGUUUUCACUGAUAGAUUUCGAAAAAAAAAAAAAACGCCGAGCAGAUGUGUACUGUGAAUACUGUGUAUUCAGUUACCAAUUGGUCCGAGAUUACAUUACAUUACAUUACAAGUGCUUAGAAACAGAUGAUGUUCGUUCGAUUGGUUGAGCAAAUAAAAAUAUUGAGAGACAGUAGCGAAAAGAGGGAUUACUGUAGUUGGGGGGGAAAAUGGAUUUCAAAACUCUGUCAAUUUUCAGCCGGAAAUGGGUUCGGAAAGCGACGCAGUGAUGAUGCUGCCGCCCGCGUCGAUCGAUCGGGACUCUGUGACGGGCACCGCCGCGCGUCUCUUCUUCGCCCUCGUCGGAUUCUGCCAAAACUCGCUGAACGGAGUGCCGCGCGACCGUCAACUCGCCGUUUUUCAACAGAAUUGGGCCGCCCUGCUCAUUUUGCACGCGACGGAAGCACGCGCGAUCACGGCGCGCCAGAUUCGGAGUGAGAGCGGCGGCAGUGCGACCGCCAAACAGAGAAAUGAGGUGCGUUUGAAGUGGUGUGCUCAAGUCCCCUCAUUUUUUGAAAAAUUGUACUACUAUGUACAUUUUUGGCGGCGCUGUACCCAAUGAUAUCAGUAUCAUCACUUCACCGCGAAGUUCAAAUUGGGCCCCGCCCAUUCAGCGUUCAAUUCUUGCAAGUAGCGCGCGCAGUUUUCGCAAAGGUGCCGCACGCAUUUUGCCCUUCAGUUCGACAGUGAAAAAACAAGUGAAAAUACUUUCGUUGUCGGUUUUUAGUGUAUUUUUUCUGAAAAGAAGAUGAAACAAGGCGACAGAAUAGGUUUUGAUAACAAAAAAAUAAUUUUCUGCUUUAAUUUUCAAGAAUUCGGUGUUCAGAGCAAUGCGUGCGGCACCGUUGCGAAAACUGCGCGCGCUACUUGCAAGAAUUGGACGCUGAAUGGGCGGGGCCCAAUUUGAACUUCGCGGGCUUUUCUCAGGGGACAGGAGCGGUGAAGUGAUGAUAUUUUGAGCAUACGUUGGCCGGAAAUUGAAAUUCUCUAAAACUUUCAGGUGGCCGCCGCGUUCGAAAUCGUCGAAAACCUGCACCUGGACAACCGCGAGUGCAUGCUUCUCAAACUGUUUUCGCUGAUGAAGGACUCUCCGUCAGGGCCGCAGAUCGGCUUCCAGCUCGCUUCCAUUCAGAGCAUGACUCAUCGCGCCGAUCCGCUCCGCUUCUGGAAGUGAGUCACUAUUUUUGUUCGUUUUUUCGAUCUGAAAAGUCACGGUUGCGAAACGUCCAUCUCCAGAAUCAUGUUGGAUGUUGUGUGUUUUGAAGCGUAUAGCAUUCCAUAUCACACGGUCUCCAGAGCUGACAAUAUGGGCGUGGCGGCCUCGGCCAAAUGGCGUUUUCAUGGAUUGAGCAUGUUUUUUCUGAUUUUUGACGUCAAAGGCGAUGAAAAAUGAUUGUUCGACAUGAAAACACACUAAUUCUCAGAAUUAAUGACGUUUUGGCGCAUUUUUCGCGGACUUUGCUUUUUCGCCUUCGCCGCCUAAAAACCGCACUUCUCAUUUUGCGCUUUCUUGACCGUUUUAGACAGAAUUGGUUUUGAGAAUGAUAAAUCACGUAAAUACAAGCAUUUUGAGCGCUCGAACCGCGAAAACUACCGAAAAGCAACAGAAAUUCACGCAUUUUUAGCCAAAAACCUUCAAACGGAUAAAUAUGAUUUGCGACUUGACCAAAUUUAACGCUCUUGCGCUUAAAAAAUUCGUAAUAGCCUAUACAAUUGGUAUAUCGAGAGACAAAUGAGAAAUUAUCGAUUUUUCGUGGCUAAUCUGGCAAAAAAAAACUAAUUUUGAUGUUAAAAUUUGAAUUUCGCGCCAAUGUAUCGCUCUAUUGGGCGGGGCGCAUUUGCGCGCCCAUUGUCAGCUCUGGAGACCGUGCAUAUUGUUUUAACGACUUCAGUUUGAGAGUGAUGUUCCUUUUGGGCCCAAAUUUUUUAACGGUGGCCUUCAUCAGGCAUUGGUUUAACUAUCUACAAGUGAUAACAUUGGCAUAUGUCAGUAAAUGUGUACCGCCGCCACGUACCUAUGAAAGGCUCCAAAAAGAGCAUCACUCUCCCUAAACUCUUCACCAGAGUUGAGCGGAAGAGCACGAAAGAAUUUUUAUCUUUUUUAGAAAAUUUUUUCAUGGAAUGUGAUCAACUGACGAAAUGUAGAGCAAAGUGAACUCUGCUCAUAGAAAAAUAAUUGUAAAUUUAACUUUUCAUACAAAAAAGUGGGGUAACGGGGAAGACGGAAGGACAUUUUCACGCAACAACUCGAAUAACUUUUUUGUAUGAAAAGCUAAAUUUACAAGUAUUUUUCUAUGAGCAGAGUUCACUUUGCUAUACAUUUCGUCAGUUGAUCACAUUCCAUGAAAAAAUUUUCUAAAAAAGAUAAAAAUUCUUCGGUUGAGUUCUUCCGCUCAACUCUGCUCUUCACUAACAGUUGCACAAAAAUCGAUGACUCUGGUUUGCAGAUGCAUGACGGCCGUCGGAUCGCCGCCCACUCAAUCCAUCAUCGACGUUCUGUUUCGUCCGUCGAUCGGCUCGGCGUCGAUGAGCAGACUCAUCGAGGACAUGUUCAAACCGCCGAAAGUGGCGGCCACUUCCCUGUUCCCGCUCGCCAAUUUAAACUUGAACUUUUUGAUGAAGCACCGCAACGAGGUGGACGAGGAGGAGGAGGAGGACGAAGAAGACGACGACGACGACAACCAAUUCGACGAGGACUCCUCCAUGGAUGACAGGUAACACUUGUGUUCUAUAGAUACGAAAGAUGAGACCGAAUAUUGUAGAUCUCUGAGUGACGUGGACCCGAUGCAACUGCUCCUUAAAUUGAACAAUUCGCAAGAGAUGAUUCCGUCGAAGCCACGUCAUUCGAUUCGAUCGAUAACCGAAUUGUUAUCGAUAAAAGAGGAGGUGAAAGUGGAAGAAAGCUAG